AUGGCACCACAAAUGUCAACGAAACUUAUCUCCUGCCACAAUAAGUCAGGAACGACGCCAGCGCCACCCAUGCCUGCAAGCCAUCCACGCAAGCAGCAACACCACCACCAACACCACCACGACGUCCAGUCCCAUCUCGCCGCCAUGUCUUUAUCCAUGUCAUGGAGCUCCCAUGUCCAAGCGGACUUAUCCAGCCAAUUUCCAACCCGCACCUCGUCAUGUUCCGACUCCUACACCCCCUUGACAUCAUGCCCCGCCAGCCUCUCCGGCCUACCUACACUCGCGAAACUAGAGCCAUCGCAAACAUCACCACCAAAGUCAAGCCUGGAUUCCGAGGUAUCGUCAUCAUCAUCACCAUCCGCAAAGCCAGCUUCCCAGGAAGCGCAAACAAAUCAAGGCCCGCCCUGCAACAACUGCCAUCAACCCUCGACGCUCUGUACCGUUGGUCCACUGAAUCCCAAGGGGAACGCAGGGCGGAAAUACUUUGCUUGUAAGCGGUGUCCGUAUGGGUUGGCCUGGGUUGGGUGGGCUGGUGUUGAACCCUUUGAUGGGCUUGUUGUUGUCGCUGCGAAGGAUGAGGGUGUUGAUCCCACUAAGGGUGAUCGUGGUGAUGUGGUAGCAAAGAACCGGAAGCAAGUGGAGAAGGUUCACCCGUUGCCACCCUUGAAAGAGGGAAGAAAUGGUGGAUCUCAAGUCCUCCUGGGAGUCUCAGUGAAGAAGAAGCCGAUGACAGUCCCAGGUGCUGCUGUGGUGAAGCCAUGA